GUCACAAUCGCCAUCUACCUCCGACCGGGUAGCCCCCCGCGGGGGUCCGUACGAUCGCCAUGGUCACGCGCCGGCGCGGAACGUUACAGGACCUUGCACAUGAAUCGGACGAAGCUUCUGAACACCAGGACUGUUGGGAAGGUGCCAACGAGGCAACCAGCAGCUCUUUGCAGAGCUUUGUGAAGAGCUUGGCCAAUCCGCAGCGCUCGACGGCCUUGGUCAUCGCGCUGAGCUUCAUGGCCGUGGGCGUUCAAGCUUGGGAAGAGGAAGUGCUCCUGAGCCGAAUGCUUUUAUUCCUUGGUGUGCUGCUGAUUCCUGCAGCGGUGGGGCAACCCUCAGCAGCUGCUGAGGUCUUGGAAGUCGCGGAUCUCAGCGAAGUGGCCAGGACGCAGCCAAAGCUUGCUGAGGUCCCACCUGCGCUGACGAUGGAGUUGGACUUAGAAACGCCACCAUGCCCACCGGUUUGACCAGGAGUUGCGAAAAAGACGCUGGUGUUUGUUGAAGACACGUUUCACUUGUGCAGUGUGGCUGGAACGGCCGUUCAGCCAAAUAGCAAAAAUGUAACCUUCCAGGAUCACCCCAAGGAUCCCAAGGUAUGCUUUGUCCAAAUGCCUGGUCGCUUCUUCCCAGCAGCUGGACUGGCGUCGG